AUGGGUGUUGUGGACACGCUCGGCGGUCCACGGAGGACCGCCGUCAUCGGGCUCCUGCUCCUCUUCUCGCUCCUGCUGCUGGUUGCGGGCGCUGUGAUGCUGGGAAUCGGGAUCACGCGGCUGAACGAAAGCCGGGAACAAAAGGAAACGCCGCCAUUCUCGUUCAUCCUUCAAGUUCAAACGCUGAACGUUAGCUACGAGGAUUUGGCGGCCGAUUUCAAAAAGAGCAUGGAGAGAAUCAAAGUGCAGGCCGAAGAUGCCGCAGGGCAAUACGGAGUGGUCUCAGUGUAGGUUGGAUUUUGAGAGUUUCAAUGGGUAAAAAAAUUGUGCGAUAUCACGGAAAGACUUGACCCAAUGAGAGGAAAAGAUGACUCGUGAAAGCAGAAACGUUUUUUUCUCGGCUUGGAGGGGUAUUUUUACAACUUUUUGAGAUUGUUUUUUGAUUUCUAAGUCGGGGAAACACUUGACCCAAUGAGGGGAAAAGAUGACUCAAACAAGGAGGAGUGGUAGUGCCGGUUGAAUUUUGAGCAUGAGAAGGUAGAAUUUCAAUGGGUAGUAAAAUUUCGAUUGGAAGAAAUUGAGCGAUAUCAGGGAAACACUUGACCCAAUGAGAGGAAAAGAUGACUCAUUGAAACAAAUGACUCAAAACAGAUUUUUUUCGGCUUGGAAAUGCAUUUUUACUAUAUUUUGUAAAUUUUUUUUCGAUUUCAAAGUCAGGGAAACUGAUGACUAAAGAAAGGAAGACUUGACUCACUCACGUAAAAUUGUCUUGUCUUGGGUUACACAAUAAUUUCGGCUAGUUAGGGUAUUUUGAACAUAUUUUUGAUUAUAUCCAGCAAAAAACAAAACUUUUCAACAGUCGGAUUAUACUAUGUAUUUUGGUCGUAUUUUACAAUUUCAGGCUUGGAGUGUCGCCGAACAAAAAAGAAUCCGCCGAUGAGAUCAACUUUGGUCCGUUCGGAGCGGACGAAACGCCAGUUGCUAUCCUAACCGUGGCCUACCCCUCCGAAUAUGCUCCAUCCCGAGACGACUUGACCAAAAAAUUCCAAGGAGACAAGUUUAGCGUGGAGAAGACUUAUGGUAAGCACACUAGCAGGGGAAGUAGUCCAAGUGCGACGCUCAGAUUUUCUUCGAAUUUUGCACACAUUUCGGGGAUAGGCCACAUAUUAAUUUCUGAAAAUUUUAGCUCACGCUUUGCAGGAAGAGCAGAGAUAGUGAACGACCUUUUUCGCCGAGAGUGAACGCGUUAAAUUUGCGCCAAAUUUCAUACAAAUCUGAGCGUUGAACUUGGGUACUUUUCUUAUGGGAAAAAGUUCUGCAGAUAGGCCACUACCCCAAAAAAAAUUGUGAAUAAUCAAUGCGUAGAAAAAAAUUAGAAGCCUGUCACUAAGCGCUAACUUAAGCUUACAUUAGGCCAAACCUACCUUAAGCUUUUCCCGGCCUGAGUUUAAUCAAUUUUUUAUUGUACAGCUAAGUCAUAGUAAGGUGAAUUCAGGAUAUUUAUUUAUUGAAAUUCAAUCGGUUGAAAAUGGCAAACCUCAGCUCCAGAAAAAGUUAAAUUUCAUGAAACCCAGUUAGAGCAAAAAAUGACCGCGAAAACCAGGGGUGGCCACCCGGGCCCGUUUAGGCCCGUUUCGGCCCGUCUUACUUUGCCCGCAAUUGCGAUAUCUCGUUUUGGAGAAGAGAUAUCAAAAAAUUGAUAACAUUUUGAGGGGUCAGCACCAUUCUAUUAAGCCAAGGGCUAGCCGAAGUUUCAAAGCCAUCCGGUUACUCAGAAAAAAGCGCGGGAUAAGUAAGACGGGCCUAAACGGGCCCGGGUGGCCACCCCUAGCAAAAACGCUUAUUUCCAGACUCGUCCUAUCUUCCAACCGCCGACAGUUCCGUCUGCACACCGUCUUCCAACCCGCCGAACGGCCCAACCAACGCACCCCCUACAGCUCCACCAACGCAACCCCCGUCGGAUCAGUUCAUCCCAUGCGAAGGCACGUUCGUCCUGAUGUUGGAUGUCGGCAGUGACACGCCGGAGCAGGCGUUCCAAGUAAGUCAGCAAACUGUGGUUUGAACAAUAGAAAUAGCUGCAGAAUCAGGUGGAUUUUGUGUCGGAAGUGCUGUUCGCCAAGAACUUCAACCACUUCGAGCGGCUGGGAUUGGGGAUCUACGACCGAGAGCAGGUGUUCUUCGCGCCGGGCAGCUUUGAUGGCAUUGCGGCGGUGCAGAAAGAGCUGAGAGGAUACCCGAGAGGCAGAAAGGCAGGAUCGUUGAGAAUGUAAGUGGGUGCUUGAUGGAUAAUUGUUCAGUCCCCAAAUUCCCCGAUUCUGUCCGCAACGACCUGUCCCCAAAUAGGAGAUUGGAAGUUGUCCCCAAAACAUUCCUAAUAUGUCGCCAAACACAAAAAUUAAUGUGGGGUCCAUGUUUUGGGGUAGUAAUAACACCUCGGGCUGAAAAAUUUGAAAAUUCAUAGUGGUGAUUACGCAACAAACGAAACUUCAAAACUUUUGGGUAAAAAAAAUAUUUUCGGGACAGCUUCCGAACUCCUAUUUGGGGACAGGUCGUUGGGGAGAGAAUGGGGGAAUUUGGGGACAGAAUGGUAUAAAUUUGGGGAUAGCCAUUGCGUUGCCCCUGCUUGCUGGUUUACAUGGAAGAUGCCUGAAGUGCGACGCUUAGAUUUUAACGAAACGUGGCCCAAAUUCAGAUUUAUUUUUUCUAAGGCAUAUACAAGAUUUGUAGCUCGCGUAUUGCAGAAACAACCUAUAUUUUUAUGUCGAAAGUAGGUCAAGAUUCGAGGUUGUUUUCGCAGUUUUAUGCAUGAGAAUUUGUUUGCCCGUUUGUAACGCACAAGGCAGCGUUUCAAGAUUACCUUGGUCCCAAAAGAGAAAAAAGUCCAUGCACUUUACGAAAAUAUCAGUCUGUCGGGAAAAUAAUAAGCACAAUGUCGCAGCAUCGACAGCGUCGCUGAAACGAAAAGCAUGAUUUUGUCGCGACACAAUUCAUUUUCUCGGCGGCGAUGCGAUUUUUGGUGCGACCGAGUGCUCAUUAUUUUCCCGCCAGACUAAUAACACGUCAAGAAAGGUUAAAAAAAGCGAUUUGCACUGUGCGAAUGAUUCUGCAAAACCGCAGCGACGUCGAUGGAAAAAGCAAAUUUUUCGAAAAUUUGGGCGCCGCACUUCACACAAUUCCCCUAUUAACCCUCGAAUAUCAAAUUUUCAGCGCUCUCCGCGGCUUGGUCAACGAGAAUUUCCCACGAGACGAAAAAAAUCUCCAAUUCAUUGUGUUCGUUGGCAACGUGACAACAGAACAAGCCGAGGAAGCCAAAGAGUUCGCCGAGGACUUGAAACGCCUCGGUGGAUUAACCAUAAUUACGCUGCAGAAGUUGCCGAAUACCGCGGAAAUUCAGAAAAUUUUGGGAGCAAAAGUCGUCGAAUGGGACGCGCAAAGCAACAAGAGUCCAGUUGAAUACGAAAAGUUGUUCUACAACUUGUACGGCUGCAAGGAUUCUGAUGAUGAAAGUGCUGUUGAUAGCGGUUUAGAGGCAGAAAAUGGUGUGCAAGUUCGGAAUAAGAGAAGUGUUGAGUUUGAAGAGGAGAAUUUGGACGGUGAUGAUGAUAAAUGGAUCCCAUGCAAAGGCCAGAUCAACAUUAUUGUGGACACUUCCAGUGUCAUCCCGGCCGCUGACUUUGAGGUAUUUUUUGACAAUUUUAUCAUGCAAGGCGGGCCUAAAAAUCAUGAUAAUUUUCACAGUGCUUUUCCGUACAAAAAGCCUGGUUAUGACAACAAUUUUAGAGGUCCAAAGGGUCAAUUCUAGGCCAAAAUGAACUUCGAUACAACAAGGCCUUUUUACUGCUAGUCGUUCCAGAAAGUGCGUACACUUUUUUGGUAGGCCACACCGAGCGCAAAAAAACCCUCUAGACUCUUUGUGGAACGACUAGAAUCCGACACAGUCCUGUGAUUUCUUACGUUGCGUCAUAUUUUAGUUUGCGACAGAAUUCCGAAUGAUUGCUGAACCAAUUAUCAGAAAAUUUUGUCUCGGAUAUCAGUCUGUCGGGAAAAUUUACAGUACUAGGCCGUUCGUAAAGUCGCUGGAAUGUUUUCGGCGACAUGCACUCCGCGAAAUCGAAAGUUCGCUUUGCACGGUGCAAUUUUUGGCUUUUUGGGGCUGUCGCUCGCAACCUGAGUUCUCUUGCACAGUGCACGUCGCCGAAAUCAUUUCAGCGACUUUUACGAACGGACUAGCAGUAGUGGGCACUCUGUCGCAUCGAAAGUCGCAUCGCCGCCAAGAAAAUGAAAAUCAAAUUGUUUUUCACUUUAGCGACGCGAUCGGUGUAGCGACAUUGUGUUCAUUAUUUCCCCGACAAACUCGUAGUGUUCUAAACCAUUGUUUUUCAGCGUCAAAAAAGCUUCUUCAUCAAUCAACUCUUUACUGGCUGGACGCAUUUCGAACGGCUUGUUCUGGGAUAUUAUGAUUCGGUAGCGCUGGUGGAGGUGCCUGGACGAGUCACCAACGAGGACACGGUCAAGAAAUGGUUCUCCGCGCUCCAGCAAUCCAAAAAGAAACCCAGUCUUCGACAGUAAGUUGAUUACUUUACAUCUAGCACUUCACUUUUUUCCUCUAAAGAUAUCAUAUGUCAGCGGAUUUUAACCCCCCCCAAAAAUCUCAUUUCAGAGCGAUCAAAGAGAUCAUUGAUACAACCAAGAACAAUGUCCACGACCUCGAGCAGUACUACAUUGUUUUUGUCAGCCAAAUCACUCAACAAAUUGUGGAUGAGGUCCAGGAGUACAUCAGGGACUUCCAUGGCCAUAAGAUCACGUUCGUCGCUGUGAACGGAGCCAAUCCGGACUUGUUGAAGAAGCUCGUCUUUGAUGUCAUCGUCUGGGAGAAUGGAAAGGACGCCCCCGACAAUUGGCGUGACGAGUUUUGGAAAGCCUACGGAUGCUGUAAGACAACAAAAAAACUUUCUUUUAUAUAUCGGUUUGUCGGAAAAAUAAUGAGCGCUCUGUCGCAUCGAAAAUCGCAUCGCCGGCGAUAAAAAAAAUUGUGUCGCAGCAAACUCAAAGUGCUUUGAGUUUAAGCGAUGCGAUUGGUGUAGCGACAUUGUUCUCAUUAUUUUCCCGACAGACUGAUAUAUCGCGCGCGAUCCUCAUAGCAUUUCAUUUUUUCGUUACAUCAUUGUCGGGAAAAUACUGGGAACAAUGUGGCCUUGCCGGUCGCGUCGCUAAAAUGAAAAGAAAUUUGAUUUUUCCGCCACACAGCGUUCUGUACUUUUUUGGAAUGAUUCCGACACCGAUUUUUUCGAAUUUUUCUAAAAUAGCAAAAUUUUGUAGCUUUUGGAUAUGUUGUAGAGAAUUAAAUUCCGCAUACGGUGGUACCAUCGACUUCUUCUAAAAGAUCUGCCUAAGGGCAAUCUUUAGCGCCGAAAAUCCAAAGUCGGUCAUUUUUCAGCGUUGAUUACAAAUUUCUUUUUCCAUAUUAAUUUACGUAAGUUGUAUCGUUGGAAAGAUCUCUCUUUACUCUACAAGUACUGCAAAUUUUACACGUCAAUCUUACAGUAUUCCCUCGCGACACCCGCGUAAAUGCGGGCUAUUUUAGAAAAAUUCGAAAAAAUCGGUGUCGGAAUCAUUCCAAAAAAGUACAGAACGCUGUGCGCCACACAAUUCAUUUUCUCGGCGGUGAUGCGACUUUUGGCUCCGUGGAAAUUGGAGAGAGAGUGAAACUCGACAGAUUUUUUUUACUGCAAAAAAUAAUUAUUUGAUGAUUCAAUAGUGACAUUUCGUACGAUUGCAGCGAAAAAAAAUCUGUCCAAUUUCCACGAAACCCGAUUUUUAAUGCCGUGCUGCGGUCACUAUUUUCCCGACAGCCUACAUAGAUUAUAUUUUUUAGCCGGUGACCCUGACCACCCCACUGAAGGUCCUCCAACUACCACCACUACAACUACAACAACCACAACAACCACAACGACCACAACCCAACCGGACACGCCUCAGGAGCCUUGCCGAAGACAAGUCUACAUCGCGAUCGACUCCUCUUCUGGGAUACUAAAUGCGGCGCAAUAUAAGGUAAAGAAUAAAAAAACAUGAAAAUUCAAGUUUUCGUGUCGAGACCCAAAAAAGUUUCCUCACUUCGUAUGUUCAUAAUCAAAAGCAAUUUUGUUAAAUUUCAGGCGCAAAAAGACCUCAUUGCCAGUGAUUUGUUGAACACCUUCAACCACUACGAGCGCAUUUCCAUUGGGCAUUUCGACCAGUUUCCCAACGUCUACGCCCCAGGCACUUAUCGGGAUUUGAAUGCGGUGAAGUCGGAAUUGGCCAGUAUUGAGCAAAACAAUGGACGAUUCGGAAAGAGGCCGGUGCUGCGAAGGUAAAAAUAUCAUCAUUUUUCAAUGUCGUGAAAAUAAUGAGCACCCUGUCGCAGAGAAAAUCGCAUCGCCGCAGAGAAAAUGAAUUGUGUCGCGACAAAAUCAAAUCGCUUUCCAGUUCAGCGACACGGUCGGUUCAGUCUGUCGGGAAAAUAAUGAGCAAAAUGUCGCUGAGCCGAUCGCGUCGCUGAAGUGAAAAAAAAAAUUGAUUUUGCCGCGAUUUAUUUUUUUUUGCGAUUUUCGAUGCGAUAUGUUCGAGUGCUCAUUAUUUUCCCGACAGACUGAUUUUUCAAUUUUUUCAAAAAAAUCCGUCAUUAUGACAUGUUAAAUUUUUAAGAUUUUUUAAUUUUUUUUAUUUUUUUUUAUUUUUUUAAUUGUAUUAAAAACAAUUUUUCAGACUCUACGAUUUCUUCUCCACUCACCCGUACGAAAACAACGGCCUUCCCGAGACCAUCAUCAUCUUCACUUCCCAAAUUGACGAAGACCAAGUGGAAGAUUCGAAGGACUCUUUCACGGACAUCCUCCGUUUCGGCCGUGUGUCGUUGAUCGGCUUGAGUUCGAGUAUAAAUGUCACGCAGCUACAUGAAAUUUCCACCUAUUCGUUUGCGUUCGACGUGGAAAGACCGCCCAGCGACAUUCGGAACAAACUGCAGGAAGCGGUUUUGUGCGAGCACUGA